UUUUUUUGUUAAAUUUUUUUUUCCUACUUUAAAAAGAGAAAUGUCUCCAAGAGAAUAUACACCUGGUGAUAUCGUCUUUGCAAAACUAAAAGGUUAUCCUUGGUGGCCAGCAAGAGUUGAAAAUGAUGAAGAUAUUCCACCUAAGGUAUUAAAACAAAAAGGUAAAUCAAAGGGAGUGUUAUAUACUGUAUUUUUUUAUGGUUCAAGAGAUUACGGGUUUUUUGGACCAGAUUGCGUACGUCCAUUUGAUCGUGAGGCAGUUGAACGUGAUUUAAAAGCAAAAAAAUUUAAAACAAAGGAUUUGGAAUUGGCCAUUCAUCAGGCAUUGGAUCCUUCUCUUUUAAAAGCUGAAGAAGAAGCUGAAGCUGCAGCGGCUGCUGCUGCUGCUGCUGAGGAAGAAGAAAAUGAAGAAGAAGAAGAAGAAGAAGAAGAUGAUGAUGAUGAUGAAGUUAUGACAAAGAGAAAGAGAGGAAAGGGGCGUACUACUAAAUCUAGUGAUAAAAAGAAAAAGAUGGCAACUGGAACAAAGAAACGAAGUACUUAUAAAAAGACAGCAUUGGAGACAUAUGAGGACGAGGAUGACGAGGAGGAAGAUGAACUAAAACCAAAGAGAAAAAGAACUACAAAUAAUAGAAUAACAGGAGCAACUAAACGUAGUCGUGGGGAUAAUAAUAGCAAUAAUAAUAAUAAUAGUGAACUUGAUAAUACUGACUUAAAAAAGAGACGCAAGUCAUUAUCGACAGAACAAGAGGAAGAUAGCACCCAAAGUAAAAGAGAAUCUUCUACUGUAUCAAACAAAUCCGAAGAACCAAAUGAAAGUAAUCACUAUAAUGGGCAUAUUGAAACACAAGAGGAUAUUGAUGCUUUUAAAAAGACACCUGAAUAUAAACGAAUUUAUCAUAUUAGACAUAAGCUUCAAAAAUUAGUUUAUGAAAAGAAGCCUGGUGAAAUUCGUCAAGAAGAUUUUGCUAAAAUAUCUCAAGUUGUUAAAGAAAUUGAGGAAUCACAAAUGACAUUUGAUCUAUUAAGAUAUACCAAGAUUGGAAAGGUUGUGAAGUGUGCAUGUUCUUAUGAUUAUGGUGAAGAUGAAUACAAGAUUAGCCAGCGUUGUCAACAAUUAAUGAGAAAUUGGAAAUCGUUGAUUCUUCCUAAUAACAAUACCAAUUCUCUGCAACAACAACAAUCAUAAUAUAUGAAUGCAUGUAUACUAUUUUCACGCCACACAAGUAAAUAUAUAUACACGAUAAAGGAUAGGAGGAUUUAUAUAGGGUAACAGGAAUUUGCAAACUCCUAUCUUUUUUUCCUUUUAUUUUUUUUUAAAAUAUGCCAUUUUAUUCUAUUUUUUUUUUCAUUUAUACUAUUAUUAAACGUAUUUAUACACAUGCUAUAUAUACGUAUAGUUAAAGCAAAGUUAUGAAAUAAGGAUAGCCUACUAUUUUAUACGUUUGUCUCUGUGUGUAAAUCAUGUAUAUUGGAUCGAUAUACAUCUUUUCCCGAAGUGGCAUUGCCUUUUUUUUUUUUUUUUUUUUUUUUUUUUUUUUUUUUU